AUGGAACAAAUGCAUUCAAAGUCCUCGGUUUCCCCAGCUAGCGGGUACUCAUUCCCAUCCAUUGAUAAAGAAAACCCUUCUCUUUUCAACGAAGGUGUCCCCAACAAGCCCGGAGUCAAAGAUGGCUUCGAGUCUGCAUCCAAAGAUAAGUCUAACAGUAAAGCCAGCACUGAAGACAAAUAAGAUAAUUCGGCCUUUAGGUUAUGAAGUCGAGAUUGACCCUCAGUACUUGCCAAAAACUGGAAUCCAAGAACGAUAUCUACAGAACAGACCCAUCUUCAAAGGCACCUUUGCGGAGUACGAACAUGUGGGGUACCCCUCCAGUCCCGAACUAGCCGAGAUGUACAGAAAGAAAAUGGAGGAUGCUUCAGCCACUUCCAAAGAGAGGGUUGUUUAUGAUUGUGUCGAACUCUCGCCUUAUUAUAAUAACUCUGGGCCGCUGUCUGAAAGAUACUUUGACGAGACUAAAUAUGUGCACCCUGUAAUGACAGACCAAGACAGAAAGCCUGGAGCCUAUGCUCCUGAAGGCUAUUUCAAAUUCAAAGAGGCCUCAUCCACCCAUGGAGUCAUGCGGUACUACACAUACCUGAAUCCCUAUUACAAACUCAAAGACGAGUACGACGAUACACUGGUCUUCGAGUCAAGGUUUGAAAGCGGAAACUUGAAAAGAGUGAUCCAAACUGACGACUAUGAGUACGACCUAUACCUUAACCCAGACUACUCAACGGGCACUUAUACACAGUGGUUUUUCUUCAGGAUCCUAAACACGAGGAAGGGGGAAACAUAUACUAUUAAUAUUAGGAACUAUCAGAAGUCAGACUCUCUAUUUAACCAUGGAAUGCUUCCGAUUCUGUAUUCUCGCAAAGAAUACGAGAAGUACAAGAGAAGCUGGCAACGAGUCGGUGACAACAUUGCAUAUUACCAGAACCCGAACAAGAAGAAAGGCUCUCUGCUUAACUACUGUAUGACCUUUACUCUCAGCUUCAAGUAUGACCACGACGAAGUGUAUAUGGCUCAUUGAUAUCCAUAUACUUAUAGUGAUCUUAAAACCUUUAUUAACAAGCGCUGUAAUGCUCGAGACAGAGUCAGAAAGACCUCCAUGUGCAAGACUCUUGCAGGUAAUGACUCUGAUAUGAUCAUCAUUACCAACUUCUUAUCCGAAGAUGAAGAAAUUGCAGAGCGGCAGGCAGUUAUUCUUAGUGCACGAGUUCAUCCCGGUGAAAGUAACGCAUCUUUCAUCAUGGAAGGAAUCAUAGAUUACUUGGUCUCUGAUGCCUCACCAGCAAACAAGCUGAGAGACAUGUUUGUGUUCAAGAUCAUUCCGAUGCUGAACCCUGACGGAGUCAUCAUCGGCAACUACCGCUGAUCCUUGGCUGGAGUGGACUUGAACAGACAAUGGGCUGCUCCAAAUCCAAAGCUUCACCCAGAAAUUUAUGCUUGCAUGACUAUGAUCAAGAAGACUCUUGAAAGUAGGCCAAUCUACUUCUUCUGUGACAUUCACGGGCAUUCUAGAAACAAGAACCUGUUUAUGUAUGGGUGCAACCAAUUCACAGGUCCGAACAAGCUGAAGGAAAGAAUUUUCCCAUUCAUGCUUGGCCAGAGAGAAGAAAACUUCGAUUAUGAAAACUGCAACUUCAACGUGCAAAAGACCAAAGAGUCGACGGCCAGAGUGGUCAUGUUCAGGAGCAACAUUCAGUACAGCUACACUCUCGAGUGUUCGUUCUGCGGACCCACCGGAGGCAAGUACCAGGACUGCCACUUCACUCCGCCAAUCAUGAAGUCGAUGGGCAAAGAGUUCUGACUGAACCUGUUGAAGUCGAGUGAAAGCACAUCUCUAGUGAAAGACUGAUACUCUAUGAUCUUGGACUCAUUUGAGAAAGAGCAAGCACUUAUGGAAUCAAAGAUGGAAGAAGAAAAGAGUAAAACAAGCAGUAAAGGAGGCAAAGGAAAGAAAGACAGCUCCAAACUAUCUUCAUCUGAUGGUUCAAGCACUGCCACCUCAGGAAAGAAAAAGGCAAAAGGAAAAGGUAGCAAAAAGUCAGCUUCAAAUAGUGACAAAAGAUCGCACUCAGCUGAGCCUAAGCAGAUUAAGCAGCAAAAGAAAAAGUCAGGAGGAGCAAAAGCUAAAAAGAAGAAAUAA